AUGUGCAACUUGCUCAAUAGCACGUCACGCACAAUCUUGUUGACUCUGGACUUGGUUGGGAGAUCGUCGUUACUUUUGAAUUGGUGGCCUCCAAUCAUCAACGUCAGCUUGGUGUACGAAUUCGUGAUCACCGAUCCUCUUUUGGAAACUGCCUGCACCAAUUUCCCCAGGUUUUCAUCCGAAACUGGUUGCGGACUUAAACCCAAACCCGCUGUGCGACAGCAGCUUGAACGCAGGCAGGUAAACGUUCACCACCAACACGCUGGAGUACUUGAUCUGGCCGAGCAGCGAGCUCAGUUCCGGGUUGUUGAUGAAACUGGCCACACUGGCCCCGGAAACAGUGCUCUCAACGUUAUCAACAAGUAUUUUAUCUCCCGAAGACAGUUCCAGUUCCAGACCGUUGUCGGCAGAGGAAACGCUCGUCACGCCCGUGUUGAGCUUCACAGUCACGUUCUCGGGCAGGUUCCGGUGCAAGAGCGUCACCAGAGUCUCCAAUCCGUCGCGGAUGGUCAACACUGGGAACCUGCGCAAAAACCGGGUGGUUUUCUCCAAAUUGAACGAUGGCUUGAACACCUCGGCCGCACAAUAGACCCGUGUUUGGCCUCGAUGUCCACCAAUUGGGGCAGAACGCUUUUCGCACUCAGCUUGCCUGCAUCCCCAGCAUACACCCCGUGCAUGAUGGCACUCACAACGUUGUCCGAAACAGACUUGUUGAACCGACGCGUCACAAACUGCUCCACCGUCUCGUCGUUGGCCAUCUUGCUUCUCACAAACGGCUCCUUGAGUAACCCGUACACCAGCCCGCGGCCUAGAGGGUCGAACAGGAACCGCAAGAACGAGGGCACAGAGUACGGAACAGGAGUCAAUUUGCCCGAGUGGCCUUCUGUGUCCACGUACGGACUCACCAGGUACCGUCUGUUGGCCAAAGAGGUGCCCGAGAUCCCCAGAAGAUCGUUCUGGGCCUUGAACUUGAAUAGCAGGUCCAGCAGCAGAAUAAUUCCGCUGCUGCCACCACGAACGGUCCGUGGCCCUUUCUCGAGAAUCGUAUAG